AAGACAUCUUUCCUCACUAUCUUCCCUCCUUCAUCCCCGGCAUUCAAUCCCCGUAAUGUCAUAUCCAAGAGCUUAUACACGUCCUAGACGACGUAACUCCUCUACCCCCACUUCAUCCCUCUUGUCAAAAUUGACUCUAGUCGUUGUCGUCCUUCUGGCUGUGAUAUGUUUCUUACCCGCUGGAAAUUUGGUCAAGGCGGAGGAAAAGGAGAAUGAUUUCGGUACGGUCAUUGGUAUUGAUCUGGGUACGACUUAUUCAUGUGUUGCUGUGCAACGUGGAGGAAAAGUAGAAAUCAUCGCCAACGAUCAAGGAAAUCGUAUAACACCUUCAUGGGUAGCUUUCACGGAAGACGAACGUCUCAUUGGAGAUGCGGCAAAGAACCAAGCUCCUCAAAAUCCGGAAAAUACCGUAUUCGACGCCAAACGACUCAUUGGUCGACAAUUCGAUGAUAACGAUGUGCAGAGGGAUAUGAAACAUUGGCCUUUCAAGAUAGUCAACCAAGGGGGGAAACCGAUGAUUCAAGUCAAUCACAGGGGAGAUCUCAAGAAAUUUACACCCGAAGAAAUCUCCGCAAUGGUCUUGACAAAGAUGAAGGAGACCGCUGAGGCUUAUCUUGGACACAAAGUCACUCAUGCCGUCGUCACUGUCCCUGCCUACUUCAACGACGCUCAGCGAUCUGCCACUAAAGACGCUGGAACCAUCGCUGGUCUGACCGUUCUGCGUAUAGUUAACGAGCCCACCGCUGCCGCCAUCGCAUAUGGUCUUGACCGUACAGGCAAAUCGGAAUCCCAAAUUAUCGUCUACGAUCUUGGUGGUGGUACUUUUGAUGUCUCACUCUUAUCAAUCGAAGACGGCGUCUUUGAGGUUUUGGCUACUGCUGGUGACACUCAUCUGGGUGGUGAAGACUUUGACAAUCGGGUCAUUGACUAUCUGGCCAAACAAUACAAACGCAAGACCGACGUCGACGUCAGUAAAAACAACCGCGCCAUGGGUAAACUCCGUCGUGAGGUCGAAAAGGCCAAGAGGACUUUGUCUUCCCAAAUGAGCACGAAAAUUGAGAUUGAAGCAUUUGAAGGGGGUAACGACUUCUCCGAAACUCUGACCAGGGCCAAAUUCGAAGAACUCAACAUGGACUUGUUCAGAAAAACCAUGAAGCCCGUGGAGCAAGUGAUGAAGGACGCCGGCGUGAAGAAGGAAGAUAUCGAUGAUAUCGUGCUCGUUGGUGGUUCCACUCGUAUCCCUAAAGUCCAACAACUCCUCAAAGAAUACUUCAACGGCAAGGAGCCCUCAAAGGGUAUCAACCCUGACGAGGCUGUAGCAUAUGGAGCAGCCGUUCAAGGUGGUAUUCUGUCUGGCGAGGAGGGAAGCAGUGGUGUUCUUCUCAUCGACGUCUGCCCUUUGACUUUGGGUAUCGAGACUACUGGAGGUGUCAUGACCAAACUCAUUGGCCGUAACUCUGUCGUCCCCACCAAGAAAUCCAACAUCUUCUCUACUGCCGUCGACAACCAGCCAACUGUCCGAAUCCAAGUGUUUGAAGGAGAGAGAUCCAUGACCAAGGACAACAACUUGCUGGGCGAAUUUGACUUGACCAACAUCCCCCCUGCGCCCCGUGGCGUCCCUCAGAUCGAGGUCACGUUCGAGAUUGAUGCAAACGGUAUACUGAAAGUCUCGGCCGUUGACAAGGGUACUGGGAAGGGGAACUCGAUCACAAUCACCAAUGACCAAAGACGUCUUUCCGCGGAUGAUAUUGAGAGGAUGGUCCGUGAAGCUGAAGAGUUUGCGGAUGAAGAUGCGGCCAUCAAGAAGAGGAUUGAAUCGAUGAACGCUUUGCAAAACUUUGUGUUCUCCCUCAAGGCUCAGGUAAACGACGCCGAAGGUCUUGGUGGCAAAAUCUCGUCCGACGACAAGGAGACCAUCCUGGCAGCUAUAAAAGAGAAGACUGAGUGGCUUGAAGACCACCCUAGUGCCGAUGCGGAAGAUUACGAAGAUCAAUUGGCGGAAUUACAGGCCACGGUUGGGCCUAUAACUUCCAAGUUGUACGCCGGUGCUGGUGCUGGUGGGGGUGAUGAUGAGGACAUGCCUUACAGUCACGACGAAUUGUAGGGCGACGUGUGGCGCACUUGCAUUUGCAUGAGUCAGGGAUGUGUUCUCUACAAAGCCAAAAGAUGAUGCAUCCAGUGUCAUUUC